AUGAUCGUCCGUGCGAGACAUCAGUGGAGUCGUGCGGAUGGAACAUUGCGCGGGGUUGGAAAAGAAUGAAAUACAGAGAUCUUGACAAUAUAGGUAGUGACGCCGAUGAUGAAGGUAUUAUCAGCGAUCAAAACUACGAGAUCCACCUCCCCGACAGUAGCCGUGGCUAUGUCUCAUUCUCAGACAUUCGACAGGCGAAAGGGGGAUCCACCAUCUGCUUUUGGUUAAAGACGUCAAAUGUUGGUUUCUUUAUCGAAUAUAGAACUGAGGCAUCGGGAGAUCAAAAUGAAACGCUAAUAUUUGGGCUCUAUUGUGGUAACAACACCUUUGAUAUUCUAUUGGGAAGCUAUAGAAGUCAAUAUUUAAUGGGCGUGACAGAUGAUUCUUGGCACUACGUGUGUGUGCUAUUGGAUGGCAACAUCGGACUACUAGCUGUAUUCAAAGAUGGUCACAGGAAUUUUAAGGAAGCUCAUAGGAGAAGACCCAAUUUUGAAUUUUGGACGGCUGGAACCAUGAGAGUUGGCUUCAGGAAAACGAACAACAGUGACUCAGCUGUUCUUGGCAAACUGAGUGGCCUCAAUAUAUGGAGUUACCCUGUCCCAAUAAAAGAGAUUCUGCGCAUGUCAUAUGGCUGUGGAACUGAAGCAGGAGACUCCAAAUCCUGGGAAACAGUCAGGGAUAAGAUAACUGGAGAAGUUGAGGUUAACGACUCCAGAACAUGCAAGGACAGAAAAGUUGGCAGACUUGUGGCAGAUGGCAUUACGGCCCACGUCAAUCAAAGUGCUCUUUUUAUGAGUCCUCUUUACGAUGCGUCGCAUGAUGGCAAGAGUCGAUGUCUACGGUUUCGUUACAUGCUGCAAGGACCUGGGGAGAAAGCAUUGACAGUUUACCGGAAGGCAAAAACGUCUCGUGAAAUACCUAUUUGGAUCUCAAAAGGCGUCACCCGGGGGGACUGGGUUUAUGGUCAGGUUCAGCUCAGCUCCAUGUCAGACUUUCAGGUGCUUAUAAAAGCGGAAAUGGAGAGGAGAGAAGACUUGAUAGCGUUGACAGGGCUGUACAUCGACGAGGGAAUAAAUUGCACAGUGAAGCCACUGUCGGCGAAAAAAGCUUGCAGCGAGAACUUAACCAACGAAAUAGGAUAUUUCUUCUCUCCUUCAUAUCCCGGAAAUCUUCCAGAUGAUACCUCUUGCAAAUGGCACAUCACCGUCCAGAAAAACCACAUCAUUCGUUUGGAAUUCCAAGAGUUUUUACUCGCGAACCACCCCAGAUGCGAGACGUGUUUCCUUGAAAUCUUUGAUGGACGUGAUUUAUCUGCGACCGCGAUAGGAAAAUUUUGCGGCUAUAUGCAUCCUCCGGUUGUCAUUUCCUCAUCAAAUCAUUUCACAAUUGUUCUCCGCUGUAUUGAGGGUUUGCGAAUGACAAGAUUCAAGGCCUUUUAUCAUUCUAUUAGAACUCAAGAUUGGGAAGGAUCGUCUUGCUCACUUCAUCGAGAGUGCCCAUCAAGCUGCGAGUGUAAGGAGUUUGGUGAAGUAUACGACAAGAGGAUUCUGGUUAUUGGAGAAAAGUUGCUGGCUAUACCGAGUAAUCUUCCCUCAAAUACUGGAGCAGUGGUUUUUCGUCAAAAUCGGAUCUCGCAACUUCACGAGAAGGAGUUUUCAGACCUUACAAUACUCGAGUAUAUUGACCUUAGCUUCAAUAAUCUGCUCCACUUAGAUGAAGAAUGUUUUCACAACGUAUCUUCUGUUACUACACUGAGACUGAAUUCUAACUUUCUUCGAAUUCUUCCUAUUGGAGCACUCAGCGAGCUCCCUAAUCUAAAAGUCCUUGACUUAGGAAGUAACCUUCUUAGCAGUAUCAGAAGUGGGGUGUUUGAUGCAUUGUCAAAUUUGAAUGUUUUGGGUUUACGCGCAAACCAACUGACGAAUUUGCAGUAUGGCGUUUUUGGCAACAAAAGCAACAUGACUCAUUUGUACCUUCAGGAAAACAAGCUGACAGCAUUGCCAAAUGGCUUGUUCAAAGAUCUCUCCAAGUUGGAAGUCUUAAAUCUAAGCAGCAAUGAGCUGAAAACAGUGACAAAGGAAACGCUUCAAGGGCUCAGUGCACUGAAAUAUUUGUACUUGGACAACAAUAGAUUAGCUAACGUACCUACAGAUGCAUUCAACGAGCUGACUAGCCUUAAGUAUCUGAAACUAGAUCGUUUCAUCCUUUGUUGUUACGCUGAGAAAUCCGUGGAAGGAAUUACUUGUGAUUCUCCUACUGAUGAGUUCUCCAGCUGUGACGACCUGAUGAAGAACAAAACGCUUCAGAUCUGCAUUUGGAUUCUUGGAAUCCUCGCCUUCCUCGGCAACCUUCUUGUCAUAAUAUGGCGAAUAAUUGAUAAAGAAGAGAACAGGGUUCAUUCAUUCUUGCUAACAAAUCUUGCCGUAGCCGACAUGUUUAUGGGUGUCUAUCUUUUGACAAUUGCAAUUGUGGACGCGAGAUGGCAGGGUGAAUAUUUUAAGCAUGACACAAAAUGGAGGGCUGGUAUAGGCUGUCAAGUUAUUGGAGUCCUAUCCAUGCUCUCAAGCGAGGUAUCAGUGCUGAUUUUAACAGUCAUCACCAUCGACAGAUUUAUUUGCAUCAUCUUCCCUUUCAAGUUUAAGCGUCUUACAUACAAGUCUGCCGUAUUCACCUGCGCAGCCGUGUGGAUACUUGGCGUAGUCAUCUCCGUGAUACCAAUCACCGGAAUAGACUAUUUUUACGAUAAAAGUGGUGAUUUCGGUUUUUACAGUCGCUCAGCUGUUUGCCUUCCUCUUCAGCUAUCGGAAGGAACCCCUGCCGGCUGGGAAUAUUCCGCCGCUUUUUUCAUCGGUUUAAACUUCGUUUCGUUCACGUUUAUCUUGGUGGCGUAUAUCUUAAUGUUUUGGACGGUCAAGCGCUCUGCCCGCGCUGUUCGAUCAACGAGUAUGAACAAAGAAUCUGCAAUGGCCAAGAGACUUAUUUGUAUUGUGAUGACCGACUUCUGCUGCUGGAUGCCUAUAAUAAUUAUCAGCAUUUUGUCCCUGACAGGAAAUUUCUACGAUCCGGACAAAAUUGCCUUCGUGUGGAUCGCAGUGUUUGUUCUUCCGCUCAACUCUUCCCUUAAUCCAAUCCUUUAUACAUUUUCUACCGAGAGAACGAAACGAAGCUUAGCCAGAAAGAGGAAAAAUGUUACUGGCAUGGUUAUGAAGUCUUUGAAUAGUCGCGCUGGAGAUCAAUCUAUGGACUACCUGAGAACAAAUGCUGAAAACACUUUAGUCUCCAUUGCUGAAUCCAGUCCCCGGCCGGUUAAAAAAAUUGUGGAAAAACAGGAACAGCAAAGUAAACAAGUGAAGACUAAGUUAAAGCUGAUCGAAGUAGUGGAUAUCUUUCAAGAAGAUACUACAGGAAAGCGUUCAACGGGUUACGUCACAGCUUGGUGCGAGGAAGAAGGAGUACUUGGUAUGGUAUUACUGAAGUACUUCGGAAAGGAAAUGAAGGAAGACUGGACUCGAGAGAUCGAUAUAGUUCAAGGUCUGUCUAGUAAUGAAGACCCGCAAGACAAUCUUCUUCAUUAUCGCUGGCACUCUAAAGCGUCUGAACAGAGUAUUGAACAUGGCAAGAAGAAGAUUCAUGGCAUACAAGGAAGUAGUUGGCUCAUUUGUUACGAUUUUGAGUCGAGCUCCACUUUGGAAGAUUUUCUUUCGGAGAAAGGAAUUGUUAUCAACUUCGACGCGGUAUGCGCUGUAGUUUGUGACGUCAUCACCGCCAUAGAACAUCUUCUGGAUCAUGGAAUAGCUCAUAACAACAUCACAACUGGCAACAUUUUGAUCAGGCAUUGUCCAAGAGUACCUCCGAUCAAAGCCGUUCUGGGUGGAUUUUCUCAAGCGUCUAAAGCAGAUGAUGCAGGUGCGUUCACAAACUCGGCAGCCGACGAACAGAGUUGCUAUAGCCACGACAUAAAGCAGUUCGGACAUUUACUAGCAACCUUACUAGGACACUGCCAUGGCUCCAGUGAAUACGUUAAGUUGCAUGAGAUUAUGAACCUGUGUUUCGAGGAUACAGAGGAGAAGAGGCCUACAGCACGUUACAUCCGCGAAGUAUUGGAAGAAACCUGGUGCGCUGAGGGGGUUUGGGAUACAUACCUAUGAGGAAACUAAAGAAAAAAAUCGAAAUUAGCUUUCCAAUCGCAUUUGGUACCGAGUUUGAAAUGGUUGUAUUAGUGACACCAUCGAUUUCUCUGAGUAUUCGGUCAGUUUUUUUUCUCAUUUUUAACUUGCCUUUACUGAAACAAGAAACGCUUUUCGGCGAUUUGCCUAACAUCGAAAAAAUUUGUUGCAUUGCUGCUUUCUAUUAUGUGCAGGGUGCUGCGUGGGUUAUUAUGAUGGCAAACGGAUAGA